UGCUAGGUUUUUUUUUACUUGUCUUUGUUUCUCGCUUUCUGUAACAUUUGAACAGGCCAUCUCAGGAAAUAUUUACAAGUUCAAGCAUUGAUGGAUUAAAGUGAUCAAGAUGCGGAUGUCCCUCACAUUCCAUUGGUUUCUGACCCGCCUUCUCUUAUGCAUCCCAAUAUUUUCUUUCUGUGGUGUUGUUCUCCUCUUGUCAUCCUGUAACCUGUCAGAGGACUCCUCUAAACCUUGUCCAAGGGAGCGUUCAAACCGAGAUCAGUUAAGGACGUUGGAUAACAGUGAUGGUGCAAAACCACUCUCUGCAUUUUUAGUUAUACUAGUUAUGUCGGGACCAAAACUCCUCGCUGGACGUCAAGUUUUACGCGACACGUGGUUGACAUUACAGUCCAGCGACAUGAUUGUUAAAUUUGUGAUUGGUAUUGCUGAUCUACCAACGGAUCAGUUGGAAGAUUUAGAGAAGGAGCAGAAGAAAUAUAACGAUCUUCUUUUUCUUCCGGACCUUAAGGAUGGCUUCUAUGCCCUAACGCAGAAGUUGAUUGAGAUGUUUGUAUGGUUGGAUCAAAAUGUGAAUUAUAAAUUUGUGCUUAAAGUGGAUGAUGAUUCUUUUGUUCGACUGGAUGCGUUGACGAAGGAGCUGCAGCAAAAGAGCCAGGAGAGACUCUUCUGGGGGUUCUUUGAUGGCCGUGCUCGCGUUCAUAAGGCCGGGAAAUACGCAGAGGCAGACUGGGUACUGUGCGACCGCUAUCUUCCAUACGCUAAGGGUGGUGGGUACAUCCUCUCCGCAGAUCUUGUGCAUUUUGUGAGUUCGAAUGCAAAGUACCUCAAGAAAUACAAUGGGGAAGAUGUCUCGCUUGGAUCAUGGCUUGCAGCCGUAGAAGUGAAUCGUCAACAUGACACAAGAUUCGACACUGAGUACUUGUCGAGGGGAUGUUCGAACACUUACUUGAUCACCCAUAAACAGACACCUGAUGAUAUGAGGCAGAAAUGGAAACAUUACCAAGACACAGGUCAUUUGUGUUCUCGCGAAUACCAGACGAGACCUUCAUAUAUUUAUGAUUGGCAAAAGAUUCCAACAGAAUGCUGCCAGAGAAAAAAUGGUAUACCCUAGGCUAAUUACAACUUCUAAGGAUCUGAAACUAAUUGUUUAUCCGUUAUGGACUGUCAGAAUGUGAUUAUUAAAAGGAUUUUGAAGUAUGUGAACAAGUUUUGACUGCCUUGAAAAUAACCUGUAUGCUAGCAUUUAAUGCACACUUUGAUGUCCCACCAUCUUGAAAUGUUACUUGAUUACACAAAAGUAACAUGAUUUGUUUCAUGGUCUGCAACUCUGCAUGAAGUGCUGUUCUUUUGGAAGGGGUUGUUGAAUGGUUUAUUGCCACUUGGUCUAAAUCUGCUUUGUCUACUAUCCUUUCAGUCUCAUCCAGCAUCGUCUAAUCCUGCGCUUCUCAACCUUUUUUUCACUCGAGGACCACUUUGACUCU